GAUCUCACUCAAAUUGUAUAGUGUUUUUACAAGGUUCUAUGAAGGCAUCAUUGUUGUUUUCCCAACUCUGUGUUGCGGCUGCAAAAUGUUUUUUGUGUAGUAGCAAAAGUUAAAUAGUGUUUGAAAAAUGUACAACGGCGCAUUUGUUAUGAUGCAUUUUAUGUCGUUCGUGUGCUGAUAUGGCUUUUCAUUGUGUUAUUGUAAUUUUCGUGUCAAAACAACAAGCUAAGCUCAACAGCUAGUUUAAAAAGGAAGUCUGGUGCAUAUUUUAAAAAAUGUUUUUUGUUUUGUUUUUUUUCGUAUAAGUAAGAAGCACCAAGUGCCAGGUGCGAUAUGUACAUGGACUCUCGAAUAGAGUGCAUAUUCUUUAGCGAAUUUCACCCGACUUUGGGUCCCAAAAUAACAUAUCAGGUCCCGGAAGAGUACAUUUCACGGGAACUCUUCGACACGGUUCAGGUUUAUAUUAUCACCAAACAGGAGUUGCAGAACAAAUUAAUAACAGUCACUGCGAUGGGCAAAAAGUUAAUCGGGUGUCCAGUGUGCAUCGAGCAUAAGAAGUACAGUCGUAACGCCCUCCUGUUUAAUUUGGGCUUUGUUUGUGAUUCACAAACCAACACGUGUGCCCUCGAGCCGAUUGUCAAGAAGCUGUCUGGAUACCUCACCACACUGGAGCUGGAGAGUGGAUUCAUUUCCACUGACGAGAGCAAACAGAAACUUCUGCCUAUCAUGUCAACCCUGUUAGAAGAGCUCAACGCGACAGGGGCCUGCACCUUACCCAUAGACGAAUCCAACACCAUCCAUUUAAAGCUGAUCCCAUUGCGGAAGGAUCCCCCAGUCGUCCAGGAGUACGACGUCCCGGUUUUCAUUCAGAGCAAAGACCACUUUAUUAAGUCUCAAUGGGAUCUCACCACGCAGCAGAUUCUGCCCUACAUCGAUGGCUUUCGACAUGUGCAAAAAAUAUCUGCCGAAGCAGACGUGGAGUUGAAUAUAGUUCGUAUUGCUGUGCAGAAUCUGCUGUACUAUGAUGUCGUGACCCUAGUGUCCAUAUUCCAGUACUCCAAUGUUUACUGUACCACCCCCAAAGUGCAGAGCCUGAUCGAUGAUAAACUCAUCCAGGAGGAAUGUCUAAACUAUGUCACCAAGCAAGGUCAGAAGCGUCCAAGUGUGAGAGAUGUGUACCAGCUAUACUGUGGUCUGAGUCCAGGAACCACCGUCCGCGACCUCUGUUCCCGCUACUCACAGCAGCUGCAGAGAGUUGACGAGAGGAGGCUAAUUCAGUUUGGCCUUAUGAAGUCUCUCAUCCGACGGCUGCAGAAAUACCCUGUCAAGGUGACACGUGAGGAGCGGAGCAGGCCACCUCGCUUCUACACGGGCUGUCACAGCUAUGAUGAGAUCUGCUGCAAGACUGGUGUCAGCUACAAGGAGCUGGAUGAGCGUUUGGAAAAUGAUCCCAACAUUGUUGUGUGCUGGAAGUGAUGUUGCAUGUGCCAUCAUGAAUAAGAGAACUGUUUGAUUAACAGAUGAAGAGUAGCCCAACCAAAGAUGUUUUCCGGCAAAGGAGUGUUGGUCAUCAAAGAAAAUGGUCCAAUUUUUUUUUUGCCACUUUUUAUUAUCACCUGCUUAAGAUGAAUGAUUAUUGUACAGAAGAAAUUAUGAUCAAUAAAAUAUUUUAAAACU